AUGUCUGAAGAGGCUGGAUCUAUGUUGGUAGUUUAUGAUGAUCCCUCUGACCAACGCUCACUUUCUUUGGAUGAUGCAAGCAGUGCAGAGGAGUCUCCUGAUGAAACCAGGCUCUCCUUGGAAACAACAAAUGAUGCUAUUCCAUAUAUUGGUCAAAGGUUUGCCACUCAUGAUGCUGCUUAUGAAUUCUAUAGUGAAUUUGCCAAAAGAAGUGGCUUCUCAAUUAGACGUCACCGGACAGAGGGAAAAGAUGGUGUUGGAAAAGGACUUACUAGACGCUACUUUGUUUGUCACCGUGCUGGAAACACUCCUGUCAAAACAUCAACUGAAAGUAAACCUCAAAGAAAUAGAAAAUCUUCUCGCUGUGGGUGUCAGGCUUACAUGCGGAUUAGCAAAACCACAGAAUUUGGAGCUCCAGAAUGGCGUGUGACUGGUUUUGCUAACCACCAUAAUCAUGAACUUUUAGAACCAAACCAAGUUCGAUUCCUUCCUGCAUACAGAACUAUCUCUGAUGCUGACAAAAACCGAAUACUCAUGUUUGCCAAAACAGGGAUCUCUGUUCAUCAAAUGAUGAGGCUUAUGGAGCUUGAGAAGUGUGUGGAACCUGGAUAUUUGCCUUUUACUGAAAAAGAUGUAAGGAAUUUACUCCAGUCAUUUAGGAAAUUAGAUCCAGAAGAAGAAAGCUUGGAUUUAUUAAGAAUGUGCAGAAAUAUUAAGGAGAAAGAUCCUAAUUUUAAAUUUGAGUACACACUUGAUACAAACAACCGUUUGGAGAAUAUUGCCUGGUCUUAUGCUUCAUCAAUCCAAUUAUAUGAUAUAUUUGGUGAUGCUGUGGUGUUUGAUACAACACACCGCCUAACUGCAUUUGACAUGCCACUAGGGAUAUGGGUCGGAAUAAAUAAUUAUGGAAUGCCUUGCUUUUUUGGCUGCACUCUUCUACGGGAUGAAACUGUGAGGUCAUUUUCCUGGGCACUAAAGGCUUUCUUAGGGUUCAUGAAUGGGAAGGCUCCACAGACUAUAUUAACCGAUCAAAAUAUAUGUCUCAAAGAAGCACUAUCCACGGAAAUGCCAGCAACAAAACAUGGUUUCUGCAUAUGGAUGAUAGUAGCAAAGUUUCCAUCUUGGUUCAAUGCUGUUCUAGGGGAACGGUACAAUGAGUGGAAGGCUGAAUUUUAUAGACUGUAUAAUCUUGAGUCAGUUGAGGAUUUUGAAUUAGGCUGGAGGGAAAUGGUUUGUUCUUUUGGGCUGCAUUCCAAUCGGCACAUGGUUAAUUUAUAUAGCUCACGCUCCCUUUGGGCAUUGCCAUUUUUGAGAAGCCAUUUUCUUGCUGGAAUGACUACAACUGGUCAGUCGAAGUCAAUUAAUGCUUUCAUUCAACGAUUUCUGAGUGCACAGACCCGCCUUGCACACUUUGUUGAACAGGUAGCUGUUGCUGUGGAUUUUAAAGAUCAAACUGGAGAACAACAAACCAUGCAGCAAAAUCUCCAAAAUGUUUGCCUCAAAACAGGGGCCCCCAUGGAAUCACACGCUGCCACAAUCCUUACCCCUUUUGCCUUUUCAAAGCUUCAAGAACAACUUGUGUUGGCUGCACAUUAUGCCUCUUUUUCAAUUGAAGAUGGUUUUCUUGUGAGGCACCACACAAAAGCUGAGGGAGGUCGUAAAGUUUAUUGGGCCCCUCAAGAAGGAAUUAUAAGUUGUAGCUGCCACCAGUUUGAGUUCACUGGUAUUUUGUGUCGGCAUUCUCUUAGAGUUCUUUCAACGGGAAAUUGCUUUCAGAUCCCAGAUAGAUAUCUUCCUGUUCGAUGGCGUCGAAUCAGCAUGCCCUCUUCUAAGCUUCUUCAAAGUGCACCAAAUGAUCAUGCUGAAAGAGUCAAGUUAUUACAAAAUAUGGUUUCAUCUCUUAUGACAGAAUCUGCUAAAUCUAAGGAACGGUUAGAUAUUGCAACAGAACAAGUUUCGAUCCUUCUGUCUCGCAUAAGAGAGCAACCAAUAUCGUUACAAGCUGGACGAGAUAUUUCUUCCAUUAGUAGGAAUCUUUGACUCCAGGAUAUAAAAGGAUAUGGUUGAGUUGGCAGUCUGUGGAGUUCAAUAAAUGAGAGUUACACCAAAAUGUAUAUGAGAAAGCAGACUUAUUGGAUUUCUCAUGCUCGAUUGAAACUAUUUGAAGGAGAUAGAAGCCGCAGAAGUUCUGUAGAUUAGUAAAUGCCAAGUGAAUGACAAGAAUUCUAUUCUGUACAAAAUUGUAUAGUAAAUUUGUUCAUACGCAUUUUUGUAUUUGCAAUAUAUCUUCCAUAUUUUUAAAAAAAAUUUAGAGGAAACGGUGUUGUUUGUAAUAGAGAUUUCAAAGAUUGCAAGAGAUCCCAUUAAAAUGCGGCCAAGUUUGAUUA